AUGGAGGUUGAAGAUAACGAUGCUGAAGCAGCGGCGGAUGCUUACCACGGUGAUCCGGCAGAGGACCCAGAAGGUGUCCAUGAAGAAGAGAUCCCCGCAGAGGUUGAUGAUGAAGAUGCCGAAGCAGCGGUAGAUGUUUACGACGGUGAUCCGGCAGAGGACCCUGAAGGUGCCCACGAAGAAGAGAUCCCCGCGGAGGUUGAUGAUGAAGAUGCUGAAGCAGCGGGGGAUGUUUACGACGAUGAUCCGGCAGAAGACUCUGAAGGUGCCUACAAAGAAGAGAUCCCCGCGGAGGAUGAUAUAAGCAUGGAAAAAUAA